AUGAAAAAGACUCUGCUUCUUUGUUUCAUUCAUGGCUUCAAGGGCGGCGAGGACACCUUUGGGAUCGAUUAUAAGUUCACCAAGGACUUGCGUGAUUUGGUGAGGGAGGCUUUGCCCAAGAUCAAUGUUGAGGUCGUCGUAUAUCCCAAGUAUGAGACUCGUGGAGAUUUGGGCAAUUGCGUGAGUCGCUUUCGCGACUGGCUGCAGAACAAAGUCAUCGACAUGGAGGUGGCUGCUGGCACACCUUCACCUACGAUUGAGCCUUCAGUGCGCACCAUUCUCAUCGGCCACUCUAUGGGCGGCAUCGUGGCGGCGGAGAUGCUCAUCAGCUUGGCUUCCGAAAAGCCCAUCUACACAGAAGACGGCAUUCAGAAAUCAGAAACACCAACCUUUAACUCUCUCAUGUUUCCAUACAUCCAGGGUGUCCUCGCCUUCGACACGCCUUACUUGGGUAUCUCUCCUGGGGUGGUAGCCCACGGCGCCGAGGACCAGUAUCAAAGCGCCACGCAGGCCGCGAGCGCAAUCUCGCAGCUGAGCGGGCUCGGAGCUUCGCUCUGGGGCGCCAAACAAGCUGGCUCACCUUCGACGACCCCAGCGCUUCCAAAGACAGCUGGCGCUCUACCGGCUCCUUCGGGCACUGGUGGCAACCAGUGGCAGAAAUGGGGCAAGAUGGCCAUGUACGCGGGCGCCGCUGGAGCUGUAGCUGCCGGCGGUGCAGCGGCGUGGAUGAAGCGCGACCAACUCACCGAAGGCUGGUCCUGGGCGUCCUCACAUCUUGAGUUCGUCGGGUGUCUUGCCAGGGGAGAAGAGCUGCGCAAACGAGUUGCGUGUCUCCUGCAGCUGCGACAGGAGCUCGAUGUUGGGUUUGCGAACUUGUACACAAGGCUUGGCAAGGCAGCACCAUCGAAGCAGAUCAACGUCGUUGGGACGGUGUUGGGCCAGGACAGGACGUUCUGCAAUCUUCCCAAGAAGCAGCCUGGAGGGGUAUGGAAAGAAGCCAUCAACGACAAGGCGACUGACGAGGCGAGUGCGCAUAUGAAUAUGUUUACUCCCAAGGAGAAUCCUGGGUACAACCAGUUAACUCAGGAUGCUACAGGGGUGAUUUUCGAGUGGCUGCAGAACGAAUGGUAUGAGACGAGUGCUAAAGAUCCGCUGUUAUUAGAAGAGGCACCGUCGUCUGAGGAUUUGCCUUCUCCUGCGGGUGAGAAUGUUGAGAAGACCGAGAAGAAUAACAAGAUCGAGGAUAUUGAAAAGACUGAGGAGCUCAUUUAA